AGGAACGGAAAAUGGCGGACCUCGAAGACGUAACCCUGGACGGGAGACAGCUCCAGUCUCUUCGCGUCGCAGAUUUAAAAGCUGCUCUUGAGGAGAGGGGACUGUCGAAAAGCGGACAAAAGAAUGCUCUCGUCAAAAGACUUAAAGGGGCUCUUAUGCUGGAGAAUCUGCAGAAGACCUCCACUCCUCAUGUUGGACUGCAACCAAACUCUCAGAUUGGUGAGGAAAUGAGCCAGAAUAGCUUAAUUAAGCAGUAUAUGGCUAAACAGCAGGAGCUCCUGCGGCAACGUCUGGAGAGAGAGGCACGGGAAGCACAUGACACUAAUGAGAAAGAGGACCACACAGAUGUUAAUAACAGCACUGCAUGUCCUCCACAAGCUCAGGAUGUGACACCUUCCUCGGCUGACCAGCACAAGCCACCUGGCCCCUCUGAUGGAGAGGUCCUGUUUGCUGCAGUGAAUGAGGGAGAAGUUAAUAGCAACCAGGAAGCUCACAUGUCUGCUCCUCCUACUUCUGUAUCGGUUACCAUGCAUGUUCCUGGCAGUGAGCACCAACCGGAGAAGAGUGCUGCGGCCAGUCAUUGCCCAGUUGACAGUGACGAUGAUGAUAGUGAGGAUGGUGAAGAGGAUGAUGACUGGGGCAGUAACAUUCGUAGGAGAACUCCAAGACAGACAGCCAGAGGACCCUCAACUCGGGAGAGGUGUGGAGCAUCUUGUCAACCGCAGCAGCAGCACCACAUCCCUUCCCUUUUGUCUCCUCAACUCCGCCAACCAACCCCUCCUCCCUCCCCACCUCCAGAGUUAUCAUUCCCUUUGCCUGACACCCCAAAACAGAGCCCCCCGAGUCCAGAUGUAGCUCCAGCAGGCCACUCACCCAGUACCUCGACCUCUGGUUCCUCCAGCAGUGAUAGCCGCAGUAGCAGCCCAGAGCCACAGAGAGGUGGACUCGUGGAGCGUAAACCUGGCCCAUUAACGCUUCUGGCCCGUAAAAUGGAAUCAGAGGGUGCUUUCUCCAGAGCCGGUUGGCAUGGUGACAAUGGGGAAGGUGGUAGAAAAGACAGCCGUUCACCAAUAGCCUCAUCAUUUUGUGACACAGAACAUGUUGAGGGUCUCUCAUCAGCUACUGCUGCGGGCCAUGUGCCAGUUUCCAUGAUGCCAGGCAUCAACCAGGAUGUCAGUGGAACACAUUCAGCUCAUAGUCAUGUUCCUGUGAGUGUGAGUGUGCUUAAGACUUUGGCAUUGGAAGAGAGGGAAUCCGAACUAGACUCAGAAAAGGCCAUUGAGCUGCAAAGAAAAGAAAGGCUAAGAAGCCUUGAUCAAGAACGAGCAUUGGAGGAAGAGCGGAAAAGAACUCUUGAGCGGGAACGAGAGGAAAUUGAGAGAUUUGUGCGUCAGCAGGCCUUCGAAAGAGAGGAACAAGAAGCUUUGGAGUUUGAAAAUAAACUUGCUUUAGAAAGAGAGAGGUUGGAGAGGGAACAAGCUUUGGCCAAGGAGCAGGAAGAGCGUGAGCAAACCUUGGCAAAGAGAGCUCUUGAGCUGGAGAGGCAAAAGGAACUUGAAAGGCAAAGGGUCUUGGAGCAAGAACGUCUCCAGCGGGAAAGAGAAGAGAGGGAAAGGAAAGAGAGAGAAAUGGAGUUAGAAAGAGUCCAGGCUUUGGAACGGGAAAGAGAGGAAAGGGAAAAGGCUCUUGAAAAAGAGAGAUUAGAAAGAGAAAAAGCUUUGGAGGAAGAGAGAAAAGAAAAAGAACAGAUUGAAAGAGAAAAUCUACUGGAACAAGAACGGUUGGAAAGGGAAAAAUUAGAGCAAGAGAGGCUAGAGAGGGGAAAAAUAGAGCAAGAGAGAAUAGAAAGGGAAAAAGCUUUAGAGGCAGAGAGGAAAGAAGAGAGAAAACAAGAGCGACUAGCAAGGGAGGAAGCCUUGAAGAAAGAGCGGCAAGAGCGGGAAAAAGUGUUGGAAAAAGAACGGCAAGAGCGGGAAGAAGCCUUGGAGAAAGAGCGAUGGGAGAGGGAGGAAGCCUUGAAGAAAGAACAGCAAGAACGAGAGAAAGCUUUAGAACUAGAGCGACUAGAGAGAGAGAAAGCCUUAGAGCUUGAGCGACUAGAGAGGGAGAAAGCCUUAGAGCUUGAGCGACUAGAGAGGGAGAAAGCCUUAGAGCUUGAGCGACUAGAGAGGGAGAAAGCCUUAGAGCUUGAGCGACUAGAGGGGAAGAAAGCCUUAGAGCUUGAGCGACUCGAGAGGGAGAAAGCCUUAGAACUUGAGCGACUGGAAAAAGAAAAAGCCUUAGAGCUUGAGCGACUACAAAAAGAAAAAGCCUUAGAGCAAGAGCGACUAGAAAAAGAAAAAGUCUUAGCGCACGAGAAGGCCUUAGAGCUUGUGCAUAUAGAAAAACAGAUAGCCUUAGAGGAAGAACGUCUGGAACAAGAGCGUCGAGAGAGAGAGCGUGUAGAGCAAAAACGCCUGGAGAAAGAGCGUCUUGAGAGAGCACGUGUAGAGCGAGAACGCUUGGAGAAAGAGCGUCUUGAGAGAGCACGUGUAGAGCGAGAACGCCUGGAGGAAGAGCUUCUUGAGAGAGCACGUGUAGAGCGAGAGUGCUUGGAGAAAGAGCGUCUUGAGAGAGCGCGUUUAGAACAAGAAUGCAUGGAGAGAGAGCAAAAACGCCUGGUGAAAGAGCAUCUCGAGAGAGCACUUAUAGUGGAAGACCGACUGGAGAAAGAGUCCCUUGAAAGCGCGCGUGUAGAGCAAGAGCAGCUGGUGCAAAGGUUGGAGAGCGAAAGACGAGAGGAGCAAGAAAGAUUAAAACUUGGUAGGAAGGAACAAAAGAGGGAGGAGGUGUCAGCUGUAGCUCUUGAAAUCAAGAGGAUCGAGGAGAAAAUAGCAAUGGAAAAGGCAAGUGAACAGGAAAUUUUAGAGAAGAAAACAGCCAAGGGGUUAGACACUGAACUCCCGCCAUCUAAAUGUGGUAGUGAGCUUGGUCUUACCCCUUCGGCUCCUACCCUUUCCACAGGACCAGAUAGAAAAACAGAGGUAGGAGUCCUUGAAUAUGCCAAGGCUCCAGUGCCACACAAUGAAUCCCAAGCAGCAGAAUCAAUGUCAUCACGGUCAUUGAAGAAAUUCCGGUUCUUGAGUGACCGCCCUAUUCAGGCUCAGUCUACCACAUCCAUGGACAUCAAAUGGCCUCAUACCUUCUCCGAUACACCCCCGCCCCAGGUAUCACUUUUCUCCUCCUCAACCAGUUUUGGAGAACAGCAUGAAGGUAAAACCUCUGCUAAACAGGAAUGCCAUAUAAAACAGGAAGUUGGUGCUAAAACACUGGAUCAGGUGGGCAGCCAUUCUGAGAAAGAGUCUGCUUUUAAUACAAAAACAAGUUCCAAAGAAGUUUUCACAAAUCAAGUAUUAAAAGACAAUGUGAAAGGGGAUUCGGUGAUGCACGAUGAGCCUGCCAAGGAAACCACCAAGAAAUUGAAAGAUGUAGAUAAAGACAAACUUCCUUCAAGCACAGUAAAUGCUGUACAGUGGCAGGGAAGAGAUGGAAAGAGGGAAGACAAAAAAACAAGAAAACGUUCAUCCUCUAAUGACUCUUCUUCCUCUGACUCUGAUUCUGGGUCCUCAUCAUCCCGGUCUUCUUCCUCAUCUUCCUCUUCUCUUGAGAAAAUCUCAACUUCAAGAAAUAAAAGGGAAGGAAAACCUGAGAUAAAUGCUUCACCACAGUGUAGAGUGACUGCUGUGACUCAAGAUGUCGGGAUAAAGGCCUCCCCUUACAAACGAGAGAGAUUUGCGGAGAAGACAUACACAGUAGAUGCUGAAGCGAGUCAGGCCAAGAAACCAUUUCUUGAAACACCACCUGGAGAGACGAAAAGGAAAGACAGCAAAGGAUUGGAGGAAAAGGAUGAAAAAAGGCAGGGGAUUGAGUCUGCUAUGGAAGAUUCAGAGAAGAUUCUGGAGGCCAGCGAAGAGGCACACAAGGCCUGCGCAGCUCGUAAGAUCUCUCUCAGCAGCAGUAAGUCCUCUCCAGGCAGUACAGAUGGUGAUCAGGAAUCUGGGUCUGCAGGAGGUCGCAAGAGGAGGUGGGGUUCCAGCACUGCGGUCACUGCCAAGAAACCUUCCAUCAGCAUCACCACCGAUUCACUCAAGUCGCUGAUCCCAGACAUCCGGCCGUGUGCAGCCCAAGAUGCGGUUCUGGACCUGCACCCCGAGGAAGUUGUUCUGUCCGCUGCAGAGGAUGAAGAUCAGGAGCACUCCGAGCAGGACCUUCAGAUCCGACGCACUGUCACCCAAGUGGUUUCCUCAGACAGCCAAGAGAUUGAACAGAAGCAGACAAAGAGGAGGAAAUGUGAGGACGACGUGGAGGAUAACGACAUUCAGGCAGACCAAAAUAGGACGGAACCUCUGCAAGAGAAACCUGUGGAAGAAAUGGAAACCCAAUCACCAUCCCAUCCCAGCCAAGAUGUAGAAAUCAGCACUGUGGCCCCAGCCAACAUCCUCAUUCAUCGCUCCAUCAGUCAGCAAAAAACGGCCGUUUCCAUCACCAUUGACGACCCCGUGCGCCCCGCCCGACAACCGUCUCCUGCACGGGGCAAAGUUUCUAGCAUUGUUCACAUCAGCAACCUGGUGAGGCCGUUUACUCUCGGGCAACUGAAAGAAUUGUUGGGCAGAACUGGCACCCUGGUGGAGGACGGCUUCUGGAUUGACAAAAUCAAAUCUCACUGCUACGUCACUUACUCAAGGUCAGAGGAGGCGGUUGCUACACGGGAUGCUCUGCAUGGAGUCAAGUGGCCUCAGAGUAACCCAAAAGUUCUUAACGUAGACUUUUGCCAGCAGGAUGAGCUGGACUUCCACAAAGGAUUGGGCACAGCAGGAAAACCUGGAGCAGAGGAGCAGUGGCAUGCUUCCAACCGUUUUCAAGCACCAGGCCUGCCUUCCCUCCUUCCCAAGGGAGACCAGUGGGCCGAACGCGAACGGGAAAUGGAGCGCAGGGAGAAGGCGCGCUCCGAGCGGGAGUGGGACCGCGACAAGGUCCGGGACUUUGGCAAAGUCGGAAAUGAUGGGGAGGGAGGUCCCCGGAGGUCACGCUCGAGGGAGAGACGACGCAAGGAGAGGGGAAAGAGCAAAGAGAAAAAGACUGAAAAGAAAGAGAAACCAGCUGAAGAACCCCCUGCAAAGCUUCUUGAUGACCUGUUUCGGAAAACUAAAGCCGCUCCUUGCAUCUACUGGCUUCCACUUACAGAUGAACAGUUUGUCGAGAGGGAAGCCGCCAGAGCAGAGCGGAUGAAGGAACGGGAGAAACGUCUGAAACAGCAGCAGCAGGAGGAGGAGGAGAAAAAGAGGGAAGAAGAGCGGAAGGAGAGAAUCAAAGGUGGAGGUGUGCCAACAGGAGACCGGAGUGAGGGGGCGAAGGAGAAGGAGCGCGAGAGAGAGCGAGACAGGGACAGAGGUAAAGACAGGGACAGGGAGAGGGAGCGGGAGAGGGACGACGACAAACGCAGGGAUGGCUACCGAAGGCCGGGGGCUAGCGGGGAAGGGGGCGGCAGACGCUCCCGAAGCCGCAGCGACCCGCGAGACAGGCGGCGCUAAUCAGCUGAUGGAACUGUCUCAAGAGAGCGAGCGGCCUCUUCCAUUUGCCUUCCACCACAUGUACUUUGCUCCAACUGAGACCCAGCAAAUGUCGUCACCCUCUCGGUUGCCACCUCAAAGCACAUGUACACAUUCACGCAGACGUGUUUCAAGGGGACCAGACCAGAAAAGUUGCAGUGUUGUAUGUGUCACUCCUUGUCAAGGUUUGAUGUAUAUUGUCUUCAUGAAAUUGCCUUCACGGUUUCUUUGACACUCAUCCAUGCAGCGUAGCAGUACGGCAUGCUGGGUAAUUCCUUAUCCUCAUCUUCCCCUUCUGACCGAAAGUAUUGGUGCCAUCAUUUGCUCUUUGCCUCCACAUUUAACAGUCCUGCACUUUGGAUGAGGGGGACUUGUUGCUGCAUGGAAACCAACAAUCUUCUCAGCCGUCCUGCCUAGCGAGAGAGAGAGAGAGAGAAUGCUCAUCUCUUUGCAGAGGUGUGCUGAAAUCUGGCCGACGUGUGGCAUUCUGUACAGACAUCUUUAAUCAUGCGUUUUUAACCGAGGCAGCUUUGGAAGUAUUUUGAUCUUUAGGCAAUGCAGUGUUCCUCUCUCCAGCUGUUCGGCGAAGAGGGGGAAAAAAAAAAAAAAAAAAAAAAUCCUAGGUGGAGAC